GGAGCGACUCGUCUUGCCUGUAUUGAGACUUCUCUCUGUUGUUUUCUGUUGAGGCAAAAAUACAUCAUGUACAGUCACUUAUCUAUCACGGUAAUUUCAUUACCGUAAACACACUGUGUCGAAGUUGGGGAUAAGUUACACAUACCAGGCAGAUUUGUACAAAUAACUGUCUUCCUGUGACCUGGACAGCUUAUAGGUUGUUGACAAGGGAAAAGCUCGGUGCUGGUGGAUUUCUGGUAGCUAGCGGUCCCCUCAGCAUAGUGUCUCGGUUACGAGGCCUUGCAAAGCUACUGGAAAAGGAUAGUUUUCUUCGUAUCUGACGGCUUAUCUGUUUGGCGGGGUUUCCAACUGAAAGAAAAUGGACACAUUUAACUAUGUCUAUAGUUGUGACUUAGACAUCAACGUCCAACUGAAAAUUGGCAGCCUGGAAGGCCGCCGCGAGAGGAAGAGCUAUAAGGCUUUGCUGGAGGACCCCAUGCUGCGCUUCUCCGGCCUCUACCAGGAGACCUGCUCUGACUUGUACGUCACCUCCCAGGUGUUUGCCGAGGGAAAGCCUCUCGCCCUGCCCGUACGCACCUCCUACAAGGCCUUCAGCACACGAUGGAACUGGAACGAGUGGCUGCGGCUGCCACUGAAGUACCCAGACCUCCCUCAGAGUGCCCAGGUGGCGCUGACUGUUUGGGACGUCUACGGACCUGGCAGAGCCACUCCUGUAGGGGGCACCACUGUCACCUUAUUUGGCAAACAUGGAAUGUUCCGGCAGGGCAUGCAUGAUCUGAAGGUGUGGCCUGGCGUGGAAGGGGACGGGGCUGAUCCUAGCUCCACCCCCGGCCGCACCAGCAGCUCCUUGUCUGAAGACCAGAUGGGCCGCCUCGCCAAGGGUCCAGACCUGGAGGUACUGAGUGAUUUGACCAAGGCCCAUAGGCAAGGUCACAUGGUUAAAGUGGAUUGGCUGGACCGGUUGACCUUCCGGGAGAUAGAGAUGAUCAAUGAGAGUGAGAAGCGCAGCUCCAACUUCAUGUACCUGAUGGUGGAGUUUCCCAGGGUGAAGACUGGAGAGAGAGAAUACAGCAUUGUCUAUUAUGAGAAGGAUGGGGAUGAUAACGCCCCUCUUCUCAGCAGCUCAGACAUGGUCAAAGUGCCGGACCCCCAGAUGUGCAUGGAGAAUCUGGUGGAGAGUAAGCACCACAAAUUGGCUCGUAGCUUGAGGAGUGGACCGUCUGACCAUGACCUGAAGCCCAACGCUGCUACCAGAGACCAGCUCAAUAUCAUCGUCAGCUACCCCCCAACCAAGCUGUUGAACUCUGAGGAGCAGGACCUGGUGUGGAAGUUCCGUUACUACCUCACCACUCAGGAGAAGGCCCUGACUAAGUUCCUGAAGUGUGUGAACUGGGCGCUGCCCCAGGAGGCCAAGCAGGCGCUGGAGCUGUUGGGGAAGUGGAGGCCCAUGGACGUGGAGGACUCUCUGGAGCUGCUCUCCUCACAGUUCACCAACCCCACCGUCAGACGCUACGCCGUGGCCCGCCUGGAGCAGGCCGACGAUGAGGACUUGCUGAUGUACCUGCUGCAGCUGGUGCAGGCCCUGAAGUAUGAGAGCUACACAGACAUCACCAGCGGCCUGGAGCCCAGCAACAAGAGGGACAGCCAGGGGGGGAUGGGGGAGAGCACCACUUUGGGAGACCUGGACAGCUCACAGGUGUCUACAGCAGCUGCCCCCACCACACAGAGAGGGAAGGAGGGAACAGACGGAGACAUCCUGGAGCAGGACCUAUGUACUUUCCUCAUCUCGCGAGCCUGUAAGAAUUCCACGCUGGCAAACUAUCUAUAUUGGUAUGUGAUCGUGGAGUGUGAGGAUCAGGACACACAGCAGAGAGACCCAAAGACCCAUGAGAUGUACCUGAGCGUCAUGAGGAGGUUCAGCCAGGCUCUGCUGAAGGGGGAUAAGAGUGUGAGGGUGAUGCGCUCUCUGCUCGCGGCCCAGCAGACGUUUGUGGACAGACUGGUGCAGCUCAUGAAGGCUGUGCAGAGAGAGAGUGGCAACCGCAAGAAGAAGACGGAGCGACUGCAGGCCCUGCUGGCUGAUAAUGAGAAGGUGAACCUGUCUGAGAUUGAGCCCAUCCCCCUCCCUCUGGAGCCCCAGGUCCGCAUCAAGGGCAUCAUACCAGAGACCGCCACACUCUUCAAGAGCGCCCUGAUGCCUGCUAAGCUGAUCUUCAAGGCAGAGGAUGGAGGCUUGUACCCCGUUAUCUUCAAACACGGAGAUGACCUCAGACAAGACCAGCUUAUCCUGCAGAUCAUAUCACUCAUGGACAAGUUGUUGCGGAAAGAAAAUCUGGACUUGAAGUUGACUCCAUAUAAAGUCUUGGCCACCAGCACAAAGCAUGGUUUUAUGCAGUUUGUUCAGUCAGUACCUGUCGCUGAAGUGUUAGCUACUGAAGGAAACAUUCAGAGCUUCUUCAGGAAACAUGCACCAAGUGAAAAAGGGCCCUAUGGCAUCAGCCCAGAAGUCAUGGACACAUACGUGAAGAGCUGUGCGGGCUAUUGUGUGAUUACGUACAUCCUGGGCGUUGGAGACAGACACCUGGACAACCUGCUGCUUACCAAAACAGGGAAGUUGUUCCAUAUUGACUUUGGUUACAUCCUGGGUCGUGACCCCAAGCCCCUCCCCCCUCCCAUGAAGCUGAGUAAGGAGAUGGUGGAGGGGAUGGGAGGCAUGCAGAGUGAACAGUACCAGGAGUUCAGGAAGCAGUGUUAUACCGCCUUCCUACACCUGCGCAGGUACUCCAACCUGAUCCUAAAUCUGUUCUCUCUCAUGGUGGAUGCCAACAUCCCUGACAUUGCACUGGAGCCUGACAAGACUGUUAGAAAGGUGCAAGACAAGUUCCGAUUGGACCUUUCCGAUGAGGAGGCGGUGCACUACAUGCAGAGUCUGAUUGAUGAGAGUGUGGGGGCGCUGUUUGCUGCAGUGGUCGAGCAGAUUCACAAAUUUGCACAGUACUGGCGAAGAUGAGCAGGACUCCGCCUAACUCAGACUAACUGACAGCUGCUGCUAUAGCAACAGGAGAACUCACAGCGGUGAUCGGAACGAAGGAAACUAUGAAAGAGAGGGAUGAGGCGAAUGAAAGGCACUGUGCCAAGAUCUGAUGAAGGAGUGUGCACUGCCAACCUGAACUUGAGGAUAUCUCUCCCUCUCACACACACACGCACACACACACUAACACACGCACAAACAUACACACACUAACACACGCACACACACACACACAAACAAACAGUGCCCUGAUUGCUUCUGAGUGUGUUUUUGUACAUAGGAUACAUUUGUAAUAUAAAAAAAAAACCUGUAUGAAACUGUUUAUGCACAAAGAACGGCCAAAUAAAGAGACUGGAGAUGAACGCA